CUUAUGGGUGCCGACGCUUAUCCAGCCCCAGUGCACCCCAGAUGAUGUUAUCUUCUGUCCACAGAGUCCUGAAGAAACACCUGCCCAGUUGCUGGCCAGGGGUUCAGGGAGAGACAGGUUUGAUCCCUGAGGCCUGAGAAGGAGCAAGGCCCACUGGGAACAUGGCGACUGCCCCCGGCCUCCAGCCCACAGCACCCCUGGAGGAGGAUGAGAUCCUGAUUGUGAAGGUGGAGGAGGACUGCCACUGGGAAGAGGAGCCCUCCCUGAAGAUGGAAGACCCCAGCCCUGAGACCUUCCGCCAGCUCUUCCGGCUCUUCUGCUACCAGGAGGUGGCCGGCCCUCGGGAGGCCCUGAGCCGCCUCUGGGAGCUCUGCUGCCGCUGGCUGCGGCCGGAGCUGCGCACCAAGGAGCAGAUCCUGGAGCUGCUGGUGCUGGAGCAGUUCCUGAUGGUGCUGCCCGGGGAGAUCCAGGCCUGGGUGCGGGAGCGGCAGCCGGAGAGCGGUGAGGAGGCCGUGGUCCUCGUGGAAGGGCUUCAGCGGGAGCCCAGGAAACAGAGGGGCCCGGAGGUACUCUCUGACCAUGCAGUGCCCCACCAGAUGAGGGAACAGCCUUUGACACGUCAGGCAGAGGCCCAGCCAAAGGAGUUGUCCCUGGAGGAAGGAGCUCGGGACUCCAGCCAGCAGCCCCCAGCCCAGCUAAGCCGCAGACAAAAAAUAAACCCUGAACUCUGGCCAAAGAGGGGCCCAGUCACCUCCCCGCACCAGGAGAUGGCAGCACCAGCCACAUCCCUCCUUGCAGCCUGGUCCCAGGUACCAGUGGCCUUGGAGGACGUGGCCGUGUACCUGUCCCAGAAGGAGUGGGGGCGUCUGGACCCAGCUCAGCAGGACCGGAGUCGGGACACGGUGCCAGAGAGUGAAGGCCUUGGAAUGCAGUUUAAGGAUGAAGAGGACACACAGAUGAAAACAGAAUGGGACCGAGUGCUGUCGGCUCGGUGCAGGGGUCCCAGCUCCCCAUUCCUAGGUCACAAACCGGCCCCCGUCAGGGGGUUGACCAAAUCUGAGCAACUUCUGGAAAGAGGGGGGCCCUCCAGGGUGGCAAAGCCAUACAUGUGCCCCGAAUGCGGCAAAGGCUUUAGCAAGACGUCCCACUUGACCAAGCACCAGCGCAUCCACACGGGCGAGCGGCCGUACCAGUGUCCGGUGUGUGGGAAGGGCUUCAGCGACCGCUCCAACUUCAGCACCCACCAGCGGGUCCACACGGGCGAGAAGCCCUACCAGUGUGCCGAGUGUGGGAAGCGCUUCAGCCAGAGCUCCAGCCUGGUCAUCCACCGCCGGACACAUACCGGGGAGCGGCCCUACGUGUGUGCCGAGUGUGGGAAACGCUUCAGCAACAGCUCACACUUCAGCGCCCACCGCAGGACGCACACAGGCGAGAAGCCCUACACAUGCCCGGCCUGUGGCCAGGGCUUCUGCCGGGGCACCGACCUCCACAAACACCAGCGGACCCACAAUGGGGAGAAGCAUCCACAUAGCGAUACCAAGAGGGUGUAGCCACUACCCAGACCCUCGAGGCUCCAGGAGUUCCCAGGACCAAAGCCUGACUACCAUGCUCAGUUCAUGAAGCUGCCAGAGUCAUUCCCCAGAACCGGAAACGCUGACCUUAAGGCACCUUCACAUGGACUCUGCUCCCCUGGGCCUGGUGUGAGGACACAGCAGGGGACAUUUCAGGUGGAAUGCUGGGCACAGGGCCCGGUGUAUUCGGUUCCAGGGCUGCUGCAUAAAUGACCACACACUGGCCGGCUUACAACAACCGGAAUUAAUCUGUCCGUCCUGGUGUCUACAGCACUGGUGUCCUCUGGAGGUUCUGGUAGAGAAUCCUGUGCCUCUUCCACUUCCCCUGUGGCCCACAGACCGAUGAUCCUGGGCUUGUGGCAGCAUCACUCCGUGGCUGCGUCUGUCGUCACACGGCCUUCUCCCUGUGUCCUCUCCUCUUCUAAGGAUAUAGUCAUUGUAUUUACUGGCCUCCCUGAAUGACCUCAUCUUAACUAAUUACAUCUACAAUGUCCCUAUUUCCAAAUAAAGUCACAUUCUGAGGUUCUGGUUGGACUAGAAUUUGAGGGACACUUUCAAAACACUGCAGGGGAAGCUGCAAUGGCUACAGUGGCUUAUGGAAUUACAUACCCCAGCCUUCCCCUCCAACCUUGCUACACUUUCUAAAUGUAGGUGGUGGGGGUUUUUCUUACAUUCCAGUGGUGUCAACGAGGAAGUGGGGUGCCUGACUGGGUGGCUUAGAAGUGGUUGAGCAUUGACCUAUGAACCAGGAGGCCUCGGUUCGAUUC